UCCUGACAUUUCGUAAACUCUCCUCGAUCAAACCCAAGGGUUUUAGGGAAGAAGUAGCAGCAGUAGCCAGAGAGGGGAGACAUCAGAACUCGACGAACCUCUCGAAGGUUCCAACAAUGGCUUUCCUUAGUAAAGUUGGAAGUCUACUUAAACAGACAAUAGGAAAACAAGUUAAUUCAGAAUUGUCAGCAUCUAAUCCAUCUAUAUUCCAAGCCAUAAGAUGCAUGUCAUCUUCAAAACUUUUUGUUGGAGGUAUCUCAUACAGCACAGAUGACCAGAGUCUCAGGGAAGCUUUUGCUGCAUAUGGGGAGGUCAUUGAAGCAAGAGUGAUUGUGGAUCGUGAGACUGGUAGAUCCAGAGGCUUUGGAUUUGUUACUUACACAUCUAGCGAGGAGGCUUCCAGUGCUAUUCAGGCUUUGGAUGGACAGGAUCUUCAUGGUCGAAGGGUCAAAGUAAAUUAUGCAACUGAUAGGUCUGGAGGAUUCCGCAGUGGUGGCGGCUAUGGUGGAGGUGGCUAUGGCGGUGGUGGCUAUGGUGGUGGUGGCUAUGGAGGUGGUGGCAGUGGUGGCGGUGGCUACGGUGGAGGUGGCUAUGGUGGUGGUGGCUAUGGAGGUGGUGGCAGUGGUGGCUAUGGCGGUGGUGGGUAUGGUGGUGACAAUUUCUCAAGUGGAGGCAGUAGUGGCGGGUAUGGUGGAAGUGGUGGUGUUAGCAGCAGUGGCAAUUACGGUGUUGCUGGUGGUAGCGGAGGCGGUGAUUAUGUUGGUAGUGGUGCGGGGGGUGAGAACAGCUUUGCAAGUGGCGGAGGAUAUGGUGGCAGUGCUGGUACAUCGUACGAUGGUGGUGAUCAAUAUAAUGGUACCCAAACCCAAGGCGGCAUGGGUGCUGGAUAUGGCCAGGAUGAUGAAAAUUUUAGGGACGAUGAUGAUGAGCCUGCCGACUAUGCCAACAAGAAGGAGGCCUGAUAUCAUACAUCCUUUUAAGAGACAAGCCAAUGGCCUAUGGCCUAUGGCGCUACUGCUUCAGAGAGAAUUGGUCCCUGGUUGGAUAUUUGUCAUAGUUUGACCUGUUUUUUCUUUCAUCCGGUUUACUUUUUUUUUUCUUGGUAUAUGAACACAACUGUUUACAAUCUGAAGCUGUUAAAUAAUUAACUUGUUAUUGUCCUAGAUGUAGGGUUUUACCCCAUCAGAGAGCAUUCAGAGCAGAGGGAAGAAGAAUUUUGAUUCACGUUUUAAUUGAUGCCCUUUUUUGUACCUGGUUCUUUGAAGGGUCCCAGGUCAGUUUGUACAAUUGUACUCUCACAAUGGGAUUUGCAAUUUAUUGUUGGUUCAUCAUUGUUCUUAA